CAUGAAGAUACUGGAGGUGAUGAAGGAGAAGGCGGCGGGGUGCUGCGUGCGCGGUUGUCAAGCAGGAGCAAAGCACGUUCCAUUCGAGGAAACACGGAAACCCCCAAGAGACGCCACGGCGGCGUCAUGAGGCGAAGGCGGCGCGGGCGAGUCUGCUGAGAUUCGGCCGGAUCUCUGCUGCCUCUUUAGUGUGGGAUGAGGAUGCGUUCCGGCUGAAGGACCGGACCGCGGGACAGACGUGCUCGGACUCGUUGACAGAGACUCGAGACCAGGCGAGUACCAUCGGACGGCGCUAGCCCACAUUUGGGCUGUCCGCUUCCGCCGACUGAUGCGUUGUGAGUGUUUUCCACCAGUGGACAGACAUGGGCUGUUUGGGAGGGAAGACGGACGAAGAACGACUGGACGACAAAGUCAAACGAGAAGCCAACAAAAAGAUCGACAGACAACUGCAAAAAGAACGACAAGCGUAUAAAGCCACACACAGACUCCUGCUCCUCGGAGCAGGAGAGUCUGGUAAGAGCACGAUCGUCAAGCAGAUGAGGAUUCUUCAUGUUGAUGGUUUCAAUGCUGAAGAGAAGCGGCAGAAGAUUCAAGACAUCAGAAAGAAUGUGAAAGAUGCUAUUGUGACCAUCGUGUCAGCUAUGAGCAUGUUGACUCCGCCCAUACCUCUGGGUAACCCCGUCAACCAGUUUAGAGUCGACUACAUCAAGGGCAUCGCACCGCUAUCUGACUUGGAGUACACGGAGGAGUUUUUUGAGCAUGCUCAAAAGCUUUGGGAGGAUGAUGGCGUGAAGGCGUGUUACGAACGCGCUAACGAAUACCAGCUGAUUGACUGCGCACAGUACUUCCUGGACCGUUUGGACUCUGUGCGAAGGGCCGACUACACUCCUACUGACCAGGAUUUGCUGCGCUGUCGAGUUCUGACUUCAGGGAUUUUCGAAAGCAGGUUUCAAGUGGACAAGGUCAACUUUCAUAUGUUUGACGUGGGAGGACAGAGGGAUGAACGCAGGAAGUGGAUCCAGUGCUUCAAUGAUGUGACGGCCAUCAUCUUCGUGGCUGCCAGUAGCAGCUACAACAUGGUGAUCAGAGAAGACAACUCAACCAAUCGACUGCAAGAAUCUCUGGACCUCUUCAGAUCCAUUUGGACAAACAGGUUUUUGAAGACUAUCUCGGUCAUUUUGUUCCUGAACAAACAGGAUGUGCUCGCUGACAAAAUAUUGGCAGGGAAAUCCAAACUGGAGGAUUAUUUCCCUGAAUACGGCAACUACACACUUCCUCCUGAUGCUGGUCCAGAUAAGGAUGAAGAUGCGAGGGUGACCAGAGCAAAAUUCUUUAUCAGAGACGAGUUUCUGAGGAUCAGCACGGCGAGCGGCGACGGCAAACAUUAUUGUUAUCCACACUUCACGUGCGCCGUGGACACGGAAAACAUUCGGCGCGUGUUUAGCGACUGUCGUGACAUCAUCCAGCGCAUGCACCUGCGACAGUACGAGCUCCUCUGAUUGGCCGGUGGCCUCUCACUAGUCCCCGCCCACUUCCUGGACCAAGCCAGCUAAUAUGUAGAUCGCGGAUUCCGAAUCCCAACCAGGGUGGAAAACUAUUCAAUUUGACUUUAGUGCUCCAAAAAUUAUUUCGUAACUACAAAUGUAUCUUUGUUUAUCUAUCUUUGACGAUGAAAAUGAAUUGAAUUCAAUAAACUGUUAGUGAAUGUCAGUGUCGUGUAUAUGCUUUGGCUCAAUAAAGGUAUGGAAACACUUGACUACAA